AUGUCAGCCCCCAGAGUCAUCGAAACCACGUUUGGCGGUCGUAAAAUGCAUAUUAUCGGAAAACCGCCAGCUUGGUACCAGACACCUGAAGAGAAGUCCGCAUCGAAUAGCUACGGAGUCAUGGCUUCGGCGACGAAGCCGUUGAACUACUCCAGUGCCAAAGCGGUUCUUGAGCAUAUGGAUGCGAAUAAAAGAAUCGCCCUCGUCGCCAAAAACCCAAAAAUAUUUGGAGCAAUAGACAAGUGCGUUCCAUAUCACUUCCAAAACUUGAAGUUCAGCCAAGAAGGGAUCCUAAUCAAUCAGAAACUGUUCGCUCGCUUCACUCCCAAUCUCGGACACAUGCAGAUGCUCAAAGCCUUCCUCGGAGCGAAUCGAGUUCAUUCUGUGGACUGUUUGACUGCCAACGACAUGAACUCCAUCUCAGGUCUCCCGAAGAAUCUGCAGCUGAAGGUCAACAAAAUGGUCUUCCGCGAUCAAACUCUGCAAGUCCUCCAAGCCGUUCGUCAAGUCAUCCUGGCAGAAUGCUUCCCACUCAAACAUAUGUGCAUCUUCCCGGAUCAUCCAGAAGACACAAUCCUCAACAACCGGAUCACCAGCGCCGACACCGACACGAUGGCGUUGAUUCUUCCAGAACCAAAAUAUGGAGAGCCUCAAUUCGCAGAGCCACUGAAGAUGCUCCGUCACCCAAAUGUGGAGAUCAACGACUUCGAGAUCACAUUCAGUGAUUUCGUCAGAGUCGCUCAGGAUUGGAUGAGAAGCCCACGUCCAAUCGGCACGAAGUUCGGCAUGACGACCAACCGAUACCACAAGUAUAUCGGGGCAGUGUAUGGAACACUCGACUGUAAAGUGUUCUCGGAUAGAUCCAUGUUCUUCAACUACGGUCUCUGUCUCAAAUCUGGAAACGGGCUCUCCUCGGAGAUUGUGAUCCGCGUCGUCAAAUCUCCGUACUUCGAGCAGGAGCUUCCGCUUUUGCACGACCGCGUGCUCUCAAUGGUUCUGAUGGAGGUGGUGCCAAAAGGACCGGCGGAUAGAUUCUUCAUAGAACACAUCAACAGACGGAUUCCGGCACUUCGCACUAUCAACUCUCGCUUACCAUAUGUUUUGGUAAAUGUAGUCAUAACAAGUGCAACUUUUGAAACCAACGGAAGAUGUUGGUACACUAAACCAGCCUGGGUACAAGAUUCUGAAAAUCCAUUAAGAUUAGUGCCACUUCGAGAUGGACAAACUGAGGAUGGUGGAAAGAGCGGAUUGACCAUCAUUCAGGAUAAUUCACGUAAAGCAGCUCGCUAUCGUGUUAACAAAUCGGCUGAAGAGAUUUUGGAGCAACUGUUUGAUGAGUACAUAAGGGAUGGGACAAUUGCCAGCGGAUCACUUUGUCUUUGUGGAAUUCCGAAAUUUCUGAAAGGAAGAAGAGAGGAUUUGAAGAUGAAAGUAAAGAAUUUGAACUUGAGAACUCUUCCUGCAGACGAUUAUGAGCACUUUAUUCGGUUUAUUGAUUUGGGUGUGUUGGAAAAUGUCAAGUUUGUUUCUGCGGAGAACUCACUGCCCAUUCUUGACAAGCCAGAGAUCAAAACCUGCAAGAACCUCAUCGUUACUGUACAUAAGUAUUUUGUCCCCCCAUCAGUCGACCAACUUCUCCGUCUCCGAAAUCAACAUCUCCAUUUCGAAGAUUACCGCUUCAAUCUUCGUGAACUACAACUGUUUGUAGAGGACUGGAUAACGACAGGCCGAGAGAUCGGGACACGCUUCAGUUGGGAGCAGAUUCGAUUCGAGGACGUAUGUGGCAUUCUAGAGCAUCUGAAGACGCAUUUUGGUGCUGAUGAAGUGGGAUCAAAUCUGGAGAAUUUUUUCUCCAGCAAAACAAUUCUUGGAAAUAGUAUAUCUCUCAAAAUCGGAGAUGAUCGUGAGCUUGUGAUGUUUUGUGACAAGAGCAAGAUCCAGUCGGAGAGAUUUACCAAUUAUCUAUGGGUUUUUGAAAUGGAGGUUGUAGCGAGCGCCACUGCCGGUCAUGAUAUCUGA